AUGAUAGCAUUCGAGCUAGCUAAUUUCUAUUAUAUCCCAUUAGCGUGGAUAAAAUUUGACUUUUAUUCAAGGUUCGUUCAUGGUGGUUUUUUCAUUUUUUUUGAAAAUACAAAAUAUGUCUCAUUUUCGCCUAUAAAUUCAGCGUUUUUCUGUGCAUUGUAUUCAUCAUCAUCAACGCCUUCACAGUCACUGACAUCCAAAAAUAUGUCUUCUUUUGCUUCCUCCUUUCUCUUGAUAUUCUUAUUGUUAUGUGUGGUUUCAGUUAGGGUUUCUGUUUCGUUAGAGAAACAGGAAACCUUUAUCGUUCACGUGAUGAAAUCUGAGAAACCCAUUGUUUUCUCCUCCCAUCAUCACUGGUAUUCCUCAAUCAUCAGUACACUCUCGAACCACUCAUCGUCAUCAUCAUCAGAGCUCUUGUACACCUAUGACCGCGUGGCCCACGGCUUUUCGGCUCGCCUGACGCCCUCCCAAGCGUCUGAGCUACGAAAAGUCCCGGGCGUGAUCUCUGUCCUUCCGGACCAAAUCCUCCAGCCCCAAACCACUCAGUCCCCUAAAUUUUUAGGCUUGACUGAAUCGAAUGGUCUCUGGCCCGACUCUAAUUUCGCAGAUGAUGUGAUAGUGGGUGUUCUCGACACAGGAAUCUGGCCCGAGCAUCGUAGUUUCUCGGACGCGGGUCUAUCUCCCGUUCCUUCCCGCUGGAAGGGCGCGUGCGAGGUCGGUCCGGAUUUUCCGGCGACGUCGUGUAAUCGGAAACUCAUUGGCGCGCGUGCGUUUUACAAAGCCUACCAAGCUUUUGUGGGAAGAGCAAUGGAUAAAUCGGCGGAGGUGUUGUCGCCGAGAGAUACGAGUGGGCAUGGCACGAUUUGUACCUCUAUUGCAGCCGGGGCGAGUGUUCCAAACGCGAGCUUUUUGGGGUACGCGCUGGGCGAAGCGAGAGGCAUGGCGACGAAAGCCAGGAUAGCUGCGUACAAAGUUUGUUGGAGCUCAGGCUGUUCCGGUGCCGAUUCUCUCGCUGCCAUGGAUCAAGCCGUUGCAGACGGCGUGGACGUGAUUUCUAUUUCUCUUGCACGUCCCUUCGCUGUGCCCUACUUUCAAGAUAACAUAGCAAUCGGAGCUUUCGGUGCGGUGCAGCAAGGCGUGCUGGUUUCCUGCGGCGCUGGGAAUUCUGGCCCUGAUACAAAUACCGUCGAUAACGUCGCGCCGUGGAUUCUCACGGUCGGUGCUUCCACGAUUGAUCGGGAAGUCCCGGCCGACGUGGUGCUAGGGGACAGGCGGGUCUUCACUGGAGCCGCCUUGUCCUUCGGCGCUCCACUAGGCCAAAACAAACUUCCGGUGGUCUACGGCGGCGAUGCCGGCAGCAUGAUAUGUAAUAUCGGACAACUUUCGCCUUCAAUAGUCCGGGGAAAAAUCGUGUUUUGUGAGUCCUUAUCAAAAGACGAUAUUCACGCCGUUUCAAAAGGAUUUGCUGUGCAACAAGCCGGCGGCGCUGGAGUCAUCAUUGCUAACCAGCCUAAUUACGGCGAUCAGCUUUACGCACAGCCGCAUCAGAUUCCGGCGUCACUUGUUAGCGUAAACGACGGAAACCAAAUCCGGGCGUAUAUAAAGUCGAAUCCCUGGCCAACCGCUACAAUUUCAUUCCGAGGAACCGUAAUCGGAGGAGCCUCCUCCCCGUCGGCACCGCGCGUGGCGGCUCUCUCAAGCCGCGGCCCCAAUACUAUCACUCCUGAAAUUCCCAAACCGGACUUGAUUGCGCCAGGAGUGAACAUUCUAGGGGCCUGGACAGGCGCCAGAAGCCCGGUGCCGCAAUUGCCUUCCGCCAGGCUGGAAUUCAAUAUUGACUCCGGCACGUCCUUGGCCUGUCCUCACGUCAGUGGAUUGGCGGCCCUGCUUCGAAAAGCCCAUCCAAAUUGGAGCCCCUCCGCCAUCAAAUCCGCGCUCAUGACAACGGCUUACACGGUCGACAAUUCCGGAGGGAAUCUCAUAGAUCUUUCCACCGGAACCCAAUCCGUUCCGUUUUUUCAUGGAUCCGGGCACGUUGAUCCAAACAGGGCAAUGGAUCCGGGUUUGAUCUACGAUCUGGAUGUCAGUGAUUACGUGGAUUUUUUAUGUACCAUUGGAUAUGACAGUCGGCUAAUUUCGCUCUUCACCCGGGAUUCUUCUCCGGUGGAUUGCCGCACACGAAGUUUGGGGAACCCCGGCUCUCUAAAUUACCCUUCCUUUUCAGUUAUUUUCUCUGAUUUUAACGAAAUAACAUACCAGAGAACAGUAAAAAACGUGGGGAGUGAUAAAAACGCUGUUUAUGAGGUAAAAGUGAAUAUUUCUUGGGGUAUUGAAGUCAGUGUAUCACCGACUAAACUGGUGUUUAGUGAGAAUAACGAUACGCUAUCUUAUGAGGUAACUUUUAGAAUGCUUAGAUUAUCUGGCUUUGAGGCAUACGGGUCGAUAGUUUGGGAGGACGGGGUGCAUGUUGUUAGUAGUCCAAUAACUGUUAUUUGGGAACCUAAUAGUUUGCUGUCUAGCUAAAUGCUAAUUAAAUGUCUGCAUAAAUAAUGGGCCUAGUUUGCUUUUGUGUAGCUCAUAUAAUGGAAUAAAUCCACAUAAUAUAUACUAUUAUGGUGGAUAAACUUAGGUAUAAGUGUGGUGCAGAAAUGUGCCUAGCCUCUGUUGUAAUAAAAAAUCCACAUAUAGAUUAUUAUGGUGGAUAAAUCUAUAUAUAAGUGUGUAAUAAAAUGGGUCUAGUUUGUUCUUAUGUAACCCAUGUAAUGGAAUAAAUCUAUAUAUGAAUAAUUAUGGUGGAUAAAUAUUUUAAUGUUUGA